AUGUAUAAUUAAAAUAAUGAAAAGGUCGUCAAUUCCCUGUUUGAUUUGGUUGAAAAUGACUUCAUGGUCAAUUAUUUGAUGGAUCCACCGUAAGUGAUUGAUUUUAUGUUGCUAGUCAUGCGUUUCCUAGAACUAAUAGCAACUAAAAUUUUAUUGGAUUAUAAUAAAAUUUCUCAUUAUUGGAUAAUUAGUAUGAACCAAUGGAUUUGAAGUAGGAGGAGCCAAUUGUGGAUGCAAAGAAACAAAAAUAGAAAAAACGAAAAACUUAAAAAAGCAAUGUAAUGAUUUUAAAUAGGAAUGUAAUUAGUAAUCUGAGCCCAUAAAGCAGAAGGAUCCAUUUCAGUAUAAGAAUAACUUAAAAAACACUUACAUCAAUAAGAUCACCAAUCUGGUUCAGCAGGAUAGUCAGAAAUUGUUACAACAACAAUAGGCAAAAUUUAGAACAUCGGAGGAAGAUAGACAUGAUAAAAAUAACAGUGUUUCUUAUUAGGAAAUGGAGGACAGCACUCAGGCCAAAUUGUUAAGAAAUAGAGAAUGCGCCAGGAAUUCGAGGAAGAGGAAGAAGAUUUACAUUGAAUUGUUGGAGCAUCGAGUCAAACAAUUAAAUGAUGAACUCGAGAAACAGAAGUUAUUGAACAAGACAAGUGCAGGUUACUUGAAUAAGAUGAGUUAGAAUCAAUAAGUAUUUGUUCAUUAGAAUAUUCUUAGUUGUAAGGAUUCUUUUUGGGUAGGCAAUAAUUAUACGAGAAAUUGGAGAAAUCCAUCCAAAACAAGGCAGAUGACAAUGAGUUAAAUUUACUGUUAGAUUCAAUGAGAUUUAGAGUUGGUGGAGGAGGCAAAGAAAGGGUAAGUGCCUCCAAUUACUUCUUUAAUUAAAUCUUGGAGAUCUGCUUUCCUGUUCAUGUUCGAUACAUGUUAUGGGCUGCAAGUGAAAGCAAGGACUUGUUUGCUGAUUAAUAAGAUCAAUAGUAAUAGGAGGGACAACCUCAGUGGUUGCUGGAUCUCACCAAUGAUCUAUAGAUAACUGACGCUUAGAAAAAAUAAAUGAAGAAAUCUUAAAGAAGGAUUAUAAGUGAUAAGAAUAAAUUAUUAGAGUAAUUUAUUAUCAUUAAAGUCUUAGAAUCUUGAGUUAAUUCCAGGAAAUCAAAGAAUAACUAUAUAACAAAACCUCUUAAGUGGAGAACUUUGUUGAUGAGCUUAGAAAUAUUUUAAAUCCUACACAAGUUGGCAAAUUUUUAAUUGGCUUAGAGAAGGUAUAACCACAUUCAUAACAUAGAACAAAUUUAAAAGAGAAAUGGCAAUAUCCAAGAUAUGGAAUAUAUUUGAUGAUCAGAGUGAUGAUGAAGAAGGAGAUGUUGAAGUCAAAGAAGAGGAUUCCAUCGAAGAACCAGCAAAGAAAAAAGUAUAAAUUUGAUAUUUGUUAUGUUACAUGUCUC